AGACCCAUCUUGCUGCUCCAGAAAGAUAGGAGAUGGAAGUUUUCCCAAACUCCUACCUCCCCAGAUGUCUGUACAUCCUCAUUCUUUUGCAACUGCCCAACCUGGACUCAGCUCACUUUAACGUGACUGGGCCCACGGAGCCCAUCCUGGCCAUGGUGGGUGAAGAUGCUGAGCUGCCCUGUCACCUGCCCACGAAUGUGACUGCAAAGCACCUGGAGCUGAGGUGGCUCCGGAAGGAGGACUCGCAGGCUGUGUUAGUGCUCCGGGACGGGCAAGAGCAGGAGGGAGAGCAGAUGCCCCAGUACCGUGGGAGGGUGACAUUGGUGAAGAACGAUAUCUCCACGGGGCACUUUGCUGUAAAGAUACAUGGCAUCAGGGCCUCUGAUGACGGGGAGUACCGAUGCCUUUUCAAGGAUGAUGGGAAUUCCACCAUAGCCCUCCUGCAUCUCAAGGUGGCUGCUCUGGGUUCUGACCCUCACAUCCAUAUGGAAGUUCAAGAAAAUGGAGAGAUCCGGCUGGAGUGCACCUCAGUGGGAUGGUACCCAGAACCCCAGGUGCAGUGGAGAACUCCCAAAGGAGAAAGGUUUCCCUCCACAUCAGAGGCCAAAGUUCCUGACCAAGAAGGUCUGUUCGCUGUGGCUUCUUCAGUGAUCAUCAGAGAUACCAAUAUGGAGAACGUGUCCUGCUACAUCCACAACCUCCUUCUUGACCAGGUGAAGGAAACAGAGAUUUCCAUACCAGCUCUUUUAUUCCCAAGACUGACUCCCUGGAUAGUGGCUGUGGUUGUCAUCUUGGUGGUCCUAGGGCUUCUCACCAUUGGAUGCAUAUUUUUCACCUGGAGACUAUACAAGGAAAGAGCCAAAGAGAGGAAGAAUGCACUCAGCCCUAAAGGAUAG